AUGGAAGACGAGGUCAUCAGUCGCAUUCCUAUCCGAUUCUCAAAUGCUCUCUCUUCAAAAGUUCAAAUCCAUCAGUUUCCUCUACUUACUCGUGCCUUACAAGUACCGCCAUCUGCAGCUGCUAGUGGUAAACGAAUCUCAGCGCGAAUAAAACCAGUCGUUGGUCGACUGGAAGUUCAUAUUCCAGCAGACACCCGAGCAGAAGUAUGGAAUGGCGAGCGAGCGAGGGAACUGGGGGCGGCGCGUGUAGAAGACGAUCGAGAGAAAAACCAGGAGAUAACUACGAAGGGGAGGGCAGACGAGCCUCGGUUGAGUGAGGUGCGGAUGCGGAGCGAGCCAAUUGAACAGCCUGGAACUUAUAUGCUCGGAAUCAUGAGGGACGGGCAGCUUCAUCUACAUCCUAUUGCCGAAACCCACCAGAUGCGACCGACUCUCACCUACCUUGAUGUCAUCUCCCGCAAAAACAAACGGUCGCGUCAACCGAAUGACUCAGACUCUGAUGAUGGUCCUCCACCAGACCCAGAUGAACCUGCUCCUGCCCCAGUACCAAAGAAAGAGCGAAAAUCAACUGGAGAUGUUCGUGAAGUCCAUGUGACGGCUAGAAAGUCUGAAGACAAAGGUGGGGGUGCACAAGCUCUAGGCGGUCUCUCCACUGCGCGUCGAGAAAUGCUCGCUGUAAUCCAUGCUGAGGAAGAUGAGGACUGGCAAGACCUUCAGUUCUUCGAUGUGACGACAGCCGAGUCGGAGGAGGUAUUUGCAGGGUUAUUUUCACGGAGCGAAGAGGCGUUACAAUGUAAAGAAGACAUGACCGUGUUUCUCAAGUCGAUCGAAGGGUUAUAG